AUGGCCGCCGUCAAUGACCCCAUGGACCUCGACUUGGGUGACAGCCCUGCCAAUCUGAGCAACGAGGCCGUUGCCCGCAAAACCCCCAAGAUCAUCGUCACGAAGUCGGGCCCCAAAAAACAAGACACCAAGACCCUGCGCGCCACAAAUCCCCAGCGGGUUACCAAGGCCCAGAAUACCAGCAAGCUCGAGCGCAAAAUUGCCAAGCGCCGCUCUCGAUACCUUAAGGCACGUGAGGCCGUCGAGACCCUCACAACUACCCCUCCCAGCUCCGACGUCUCUGACUCCGAGCUGUCAAGCACCAAGGCCCAGCGUACUCUUGCCGAGAGCCGCUCUCGGUACCUUGAGGCCCUUGAGGAGUGGGCCCUCCCGUUCACCCCUCCCAGCUCCGAUGUGUCUGAUUCUGACGACGAGCUGUCAACCACCAAGCUGGAGGACGAGACCACGGCCACAACCAACCCCGGCACCGACGACAUUGCCCAGGUGACACCGUGCACCCCCCCUUCCGAGGACGUCAAGUUCCUCGUCAACCCCAAGAUCAUCCUCCACGGCGAGACCUUCCGCUGGAACAAGGUCAGCGACGGAAUUUACCAGAAGGCCGAUGUGCUCAAGAAUCCCAAGAUCAUCCUCCACACGGCGACCUUCCGCUGGGAGAAGCUCAGCGACGGCAGCUACAUGAAGGUCAACAGGGUUUAG